GGGUGUAGCCUUCCUGGGCCUCGCCUUCUCAUGAAUAUUCAGAUACCAGGGGGGAGGGGUCUUAACCCUUCACCGGCUGGCUGUCCGGAAGGCUGCCCCUCCCCCCGCGGGCGGGAACAGGAUGUGAGCCGGGGCCGCUCGGGGGGAGGGGAAGCCCUAGGCGACCGCCCCCCGCCUCACAGCUGGGACCGGACUCUCCAGCUUCAGAUGUGGCGUUGCCGCCGCCGGAGGCCCGUGAUAUUCAUCCCAGAAUCUGAGGGGUCCAAAGUCGUGGACUCUGGCGUCGCGAGUCUCAGCACCGUGCCUUGAGAGACCCCGAAGCCCGGGGCCCCGCGUCCAGGCUUAAGGACCCCAGAUAUCCAGGUGCCCAGCGCCCCCUCCUGGAGGAGCUGGAGUCUGGGACGUCAGCACCGCGCGUUCCUGGAGGCCGAGCUUCCUGCACCCCGGUUUAAAGAACUUAGGACCCCAGACUGGUGAUUACCUCCAACCGUUCCCAGAUAUCCGAGCCCAGACAUCUGAACUUGGCAAAAACACUCCUCGCACCCCAGCGAGCCUGUUUGGUACUGAAAGUCCCACUACUUCAAGGAGACCCAGGAACGGGGGACUCCCCAGCGCUCCCGCCUGGAGAUGGUCUAAUUCCUGCUCCUAGAGUUGGGGGAACUCAGGAAUCCAGUCGCCCCACGGCCCUAUCUAGAAGACUCAAGAAUUUGGGUCCCCAGCGCUAUAUCUGAGACCCAAGAGUCGAGACUCCCAGCAUCCCCUAUUUAGAGGACCAAGAAAUUCGGACCGCUGCAUCCCACUCUCCGAGAGACCUCGGAUUCUGGUUCCCGGAGCCUGAGAGCCCGAAGUUCACGCCUCUGACUUGCAGAGACCCAGGAGUCCGGCUUUGCGCCUCCCCGGGGACCGUGCUAGGGUUGAAUAGGAAUCCGGCAGCCUCGGUUCAGGGCUGGAGACUCACUGGGAGGGGGUCUCUCCGCAGAAGCCGCUGAGCCACUCAGCCAUGCCCGAGGGAGCCCGUGGACCGAACCUGUCCAAACCGAGCCCUAGCCUUGGCCGUGGCCCCACAGGUGAAGUGGGUGACUGCACAGCUGUGUGUGAGACCCAGACAGCAGCCCUUACAGCCCCUGCCAUGGCCUCCCCCCGAGGUUCUGGGAGCUCCACGUCCCUGAGCACCGUGGGCUCUGAGGGGGACCCGGCUCCAGGGCCCCCCCCAGCCUGCUCAGCCCCUAGGCCAGAGCCCCUUCCAGGACCCCCCAUCCGCCUGCAUCUGUCACCUGUGGGGACUCCGGGUUCGGCCAAACCCUCGAGGCUGGAGCGAGUGGCUCGAGAGAUCGUGGAGACAGAGCGGGCCUACGUCCGGGACCUUCGCAGCAUCGUGGAGGACUACCUGGCCCCUCUGCUGGAUGGCGGGGUCUUAGGGCUGAGCGCCGAGCAGGUGGGCGUACUCUUUGCCAACAUCGAGGACAUCUACGAGUUCAGCAGUGAGCUCCUGGAGGACCUGGAGGGCACCAGCAGCGCAGGGGGCAUUGCCGAGUGCUUUGUGCAGAGGAGUGAGGAUUUUGACAUCUACACAUUGUACUGCAUGAACUACCCGAGUUCCCUAGCCCUGCUGCGGGAGCUGUCGCUGUCCCCGCCCGCAGCCCUGUGGCUGCAGGAGCGCCAGGCCCAGCUCCGCCACUCGCUGCCCCUGCAGAGCUUCCUGCUGAAACCUGUUCAGCGCAUCCUCAAGUACCAUCUGCUGCUGCAGGAGCUGGGCAAGCACUGGGCUGAGGGCCCGGGCACCGGGGGCCGUGAGAUGGUGGAGGAGGCGAUUGUGUCCAUGACAGCGGUCGCCUGGUACAUCAACGACAUGAAACGCAAGCAGGAGCAUGCCGCCCGCCUCCAGGAAGUGCAGCGGCGGCUUGGCGGCUGGACUGGCCCGGAGCUCAGUGCUUUCGGGGAGCUGGUGCUAGAGGGUGCCUUCCGAGGUGGCGGAGGGGGCGGCCCCCGACUUCGAGGGGGCGAGAGGCUGCUGUUUCUUUUCUCGCGGAUGCUGCUCGUGGCCAAACGCCGGGGGCCGGAGUACACGUACAAGGGCCACAUCUUUUGUUGCAACCUGAGUGUGAGCGAGAGUCCUCGAGAUCCCCUAGGGUUCAAGGUAUCCGAUCUGACUAUUCCCAAACACAGGCACCUGCUCCAGGCCAAGAACCAAGAGGAGAAGAGGCUGUGGAUUCACUGUCUCCAGCGCCUCUUCUUUGAGAACCACCCCGCCUCCAUCCCCGCCAAGGCAAAACAAGUCCUCCUUGAAAACAGCCUGCACUGUGCUCCUAAAAGUAAGCCUAUCCCAGAGCCCCCGACACCCCCUCUUGGGUCUCCCCGACCUCGGGAUGCUAGAAGUUUCACCCCUGGACGAAGGAACACAGCUCCGUCUCCAGGACCCUCUGCCACCCGCCGUGGGCGCAGGCAGUCUGAGCCAGUAAAGGACCCAUAUGUUGUGUUUGCACAGAAUGCUAAGCCUAGACUCAAGGUAAGAAAUGUCUUAGCACAGGGUCUGGGGACCCGGACUCCUGAGUCUGGGAGGAAGAGAUGGCGGAGGGGGGGGGGCCCUCGACCCUUGCCCUCCAUCGUCUUUCCUUGCUCACAGCAUGCUGGCAGUGAGGGGGAGCUCUACCCCCCCUUAGAGCCUCAGCCACCAGUUCCAGCUUCCGGACUUCCCGAGGACCUGGAGGACACUGGCCCCCCCACGCUGGAACCCUCCGGGACCUCGAUCACUGAGGAGAUCCUGGAACUGCUGAACCAAAGAGGCCUCCGGGAUCCAGGGUGCCCACUACAGACACCCUCCAACGACAUCGCCACGUUCCCUGGAGACUCCCAGGUGCCAGGCGACAGUGAAGCCCUCACAUUCCAAGCCUUUCCCAGCCGGGACUCUUCAGAAGAGGAGGAGGAGGAAGAGCUGGAGAUGGAGGAACGGGAGCCUUCCCCGCUCCACGUCCUAGAAGGGCUCGAAAGUUCCAGUGCGGCUGAAAUUCCCGACGUUCCCGGCCUUACCCAAAGUCCAGACGUACCCAACCUCCCAGAAAUUCCCAGCCUGUCUGAAAUUCCCAAGAUUCCCCACCUUCCCAGCCUCUCUGACAUUUCCAGUGUUUUUGAAAUGCCCUGCCUUCCAGCCAUACCUAGUGUCUCUGACAUUCCUAGCCUUCCCAGCACUCCCGCCCUUCCCAGUGAUUCCUGGCUUCCGGGGCCUCUGCGGGAGCCCGAGGAGGCUCUAGCCCCCAGGAGAGAACUGUUCCCGGGAAGCAGUUCCACCAAACUGGGAGUGCGGGCCUCAGGGGGCAGGGCGGGGCGGCUGGAGGCUGAAGAAGGGGAAUCCUUCCCAGAUUUCCAGUCCCGGGACAUCACCCAAGAUCAGGGAUUCUCAGAUGAGCUGGCAUUCCGCUCUUGUUCAGAAAUCCGGAGUGCCUGGCAGGCCCUGGAGCAGGGGCAGCUGACCCGGCCGGGUUUCCCGGAGCCACUGCUGAUCCUGGAGGACUCGGAUCUGAGUGGAGGGGGCGGGGGUGGGAAGGCAGGAGCCCCGAGUUCAGAGAGGACAGCUUCCCGAGUGCGGGAGCUGGCCCGGCUUUACAGCGAGCGGAUCCAGCAGAUGCAGCGGGCGGAGACCCGGGCGUCGGCCAAUGCGCCCCGCCGCCGGCCCCGUGCUCUGGCCCAGCCACAGUUGUCCCCGUCCCUGCCCCGUGAGCAGGCCGAGCCAGGGCCCCUGCCUGCCUUUGGACACGUGCUGGUAUGUGAGCUGGCGUUCCCGCUGACGUGUGCCCAGGAAUCUGUCCCUCUGGGUCCUGCCACCCGGGUUCAAGCUGCCACACCUUUGUCUAAGCAGGGAGGCUGCCUAGGCGGCCAGGGUCUAAAUGUUUCAAAUUUGCCUGAGCAAGACCGUCUGGGCAUCCAGGGUCCGGCUGCUACCCCUUUGCCUGAGCAGGAAGGCCUCUGGAAUAUACCGAGUGUGGCUGGAGCCCCCACACCCUUGGCCGAGCAAGAAGACCCCCCAUGUGAUCAGGUUCCAGCUACAACUUUACCUGGUCAAGAAGGCCGCCUGGAAACCCCAGCUCCAGCUACCGCACCUGUGCCUGAGCGCAGAGGCCACACGGACAUCCAUGUUCCAACCAGCCCAGCUGUCCCCGAGCAGGGACAUGGCUCUGAUGUCGCAGUUUUGGCCACCACUACCGUGCUCAAGAAAGAAGGCCACCUACGGGGCCAUAGUCCAACCAACACCCUGUUAACUAGGCAGGGAGGUUGCGGGGACGUUCAGUUCCCAGCUGCUGCUUGCCAGCACGCCGUCACCACUUUGCUGGCGCACGGAAGCAGCCUGAGCCAUGCGACCCCAGGUGACACUCCCCUGCCCUUGCAGCAUGACCUCCCGGACAUCCAGGUCCCAGGAACUUCACCUGUGCCCGCACAUGGAGGCCACCUGAGCCGCCAGCCCCCAGCCAACGCCCCUCUGCCUCUGCCCCAGGACCUCUCGGACAUUCAGGUUCUGGCUACCUCACCUCUGCCUGCGCACAGAAGCUGUCUAGACCGUCAGAUCCCAGCCGACACCCCACCAUCCUUGCCCCAGAACCCCAGCGUUCCAGCUGCCACACCUUUGCCCCAGCAACAAGACCUCGCGGACACCCAAGUCCAAGCCGUCCAAGCCCUCCCGGCUAUGCCCAAGCAGGGAGGCCUCCCAGACACCCAUGGUCCAUCAGCCACACCUCUGCGUCAGGAACAAAGCUUCACAGACCCCCACGUCCAAAAACUCACACCUCGGUUGGAGCAGAAGAGCCUCACGAAUGUUCCUGUCGUAGCCUCGGCAGCUCUGCCUGAGCAGGAAGGCUCUCGGGACAGUCCCAGCCUGUUGCCCAUCCCUGCUCAGACCACCGUGGUUUUCUCCAAACCAGGAGGGCCCCCAGGCUCUCACGUUGCCAGGUCCGAGUCUUCAGAGUCCACCCCACCCCACAGUCCCCCUCCUCCCACGCGUAAGCUCCUGGGUCCCAACGCAGCGGCCCUCUCCAGAUACCUGGCAGCCACGUACAUCAGCCAGAGCCUCGCUCGGAGACAAGGGCCUGGGGGAGAAGCCCCCCCAGCCUCCCGGGGUCCCUGGUCCUCCUCCGCCCCCGCAUCGCGGGCACCAUCACCACCACCCCAGCCUCAGCCCCCGCCACCCCCAGCCAGGAGGCUCAGCUAUGCCACCACGGUUAACAUCCACGUCGGGGGCGGGGGGCGGCUGCGGCCGGCCAAGGCCCAGGUCAGGUUAAAUCAUCCUGCGCUCUUGGCCACCACCCAGGAAUCUGUGGGCCUUCGUAGGGCCCAGGGAGCUCCUGAUGCCCCUUUCCACAUGUGAACCAGAGUAUCGGGCUUCGUGAAAAGCAAAGACUUCAACUAGAUGCCACAGACCCUCAGAACGUCACCCAGAAGUCCAGACACUGAACAAAGGUGUAAAAAUUGCCACAGCUUUCCAACUCCUGGGACCUACUUUGGCAAAAGGUCCUCCUUACUUACCUUGAUUAACUGAACAGGGAUGUGGGGGAAGGGGAUGUCAUUAAUAUUUUGUUCAUUUGUAUUUUGAAGUUCUGUAUCUUUUCCCAUUCUGGAGGCAGUGGGGGAGGACAGGAGUAAUGAAUGGGAAGGUGUGACGCGGCACGAGUCUGGGGCUCUGAGAACUGGGGACGUCUCUGACUUUGAGCAUUACCCACAACCACCCGUGACAGUUUGGUGUA